AUGGCUACACUCAAAAAUUCCCCAGCACCAGCGUCGAAGGCAAGAGGGGCCUUGACUCAUGCGUUUAUAUUCUUUACACCCGAGUUUGCACUUGAGAUGGUCGAUUUCACGCCGGAGUCUGACGUUCCAGCGUGUCUCGCCUGGUACCUCUCCGACAAGAUCAUACGUCGAGUUCGAGUUAGGCACCGAUUUGUGUCCUCGGUCGACAAGUUUGCCAAAACCAUGUCAUCGACUUUCAGCCCGUACUGUCUCGAGGGGUUCAGAGCCAACUGCCAGAAUUUCGACAGUCUCGUCGGGUCUACUGCGUCCAUGUCAGGAGCCGACGGAUGCCAAAAGCUUUCCGAAGUUUUUAUCCAGCAGCAAGACAUUUAUGAUUUGAUCCAAGGUGUCUGCUCAUCAAUUGCUCAUCAUUCCUGGGAUGCUGCCUUUGGCGCUCCGCCGCUCCGUCGACGAGGACCAAUUCCAGCAGCAAUUUCCCAGCUCGUCGGAUCGGACCAUGCUUCGAGCGCCCGACCCCAGGCGGGCGUAGAUGAUGAUGGCGGUCCGUUCAAGCAGGUAACAAUCGUCGGUAAAGGUAUCAUAGAUGCUUGGCAACGACUCCCUUUCACCCAACAGCUGGAAACCGACUGUCCUCAAAACUCCACCUGGACCCCCUCCCAACCUGGAGCAUUGUCUGUCUACCAUGGCACUUCCCACAACCCCAAGAAAGGAACGUUUAACGAGUUUCUCUCCCAGCCUCCAUUUUUGGCCUUGGAUGGGGGAUCGAGUCGUAAUCAUAUAACCCAGGGCUCGGGACAACUUCCCGUCGUCUGGACCGCUUUCAGCCCCUUGCGCGCUUUUCUCUGGGCAGUGUGGCAGGCAGAAGCUGUUGCUGCCGUGCCCAAUCCUGACGCCAAAGGCCGCCUCAACGCAGUCUGGAAAUGCGCAGGAAAGACAUAUGAAGGUGUGAUGCUACUCCAAUUUUCUGCAUCACAACCGCAGCCGCCAGGGCUCACCUCGUAUGUCAUUCCACGAGGCCGCGAGGAGGAAUGGAGCAAAACCGCAAACUCCGACCGUUACGGGUUUUCAGGUAUGAACCUAACCCAUACUCAGACGCUCUGGGCGCAGUUUUCGACGAUUCAUGGCCAGGAAAUUGGAUCCGAGUGGCCUAACUUGGUGCACGGACUGGAGUUGUGGGAUUCUCGUCAGGAUCUCAGAAAGCUCAGAGUGAAGCAAGUCUGGAGAACGGCCUGGUCUGGUGAAGGGAUUUCCAGAUUGAACGAAAACCACAAGCAAUCUCUGGCCAUUCGAUUCUACAGGGAGGCGGAAGCCGAGACAUCUUGUCCUUCUGAGAGCGAAAAAAUCGAAACGGCCAAGAGGCGGCACAGCUACAUGGGCGUCAGGAAAUUGUUCAGCAAAGGAAAGCAUCUAGUCAGUAGGUGA